GACUGUACUAACAGGAACAGCUGACCGUUUAAAAACAUUUUUAUAUGAAGUAUAACUUUACUGAAUGUCAACCAUUCACUUAUCUUUAUUAUGGUUGUUUCUGCCCUCUGUGGGUGAAAAGUGGCAUCAGACAGGAAAAGGUGGAGCCUGUGUUCUGUGCCUGAGCUUCAUGCAGAGGCAGCCUCAAGAAGCCAUGGCAGAAACAAGCCUUGGUGCUUUUGGUGCAGUGCAGACGAUCCUACAAAGUGCAGCAGCAGGAUUUGCUUUUGGAGAAGCUGCAUUAUUCGCAGUAGAGCCCUCACUGACUGAAGAUGGCGUCCUGCUGUCUGCUGCAACUCUGGCUGCUGGACGAGCCGGAUCCACCGGGGUCGGCGUGGUGACAGCGUGCCUCGUGUUCACCUCACUGCUCAUUUCUCUGGGAAGUGGUUUCCUCCUUGCUGCCAUGGUGAUGAAGCUGUUGAAUAAAGUUGGAGCGAGGUUGCCUUGGUUAGAGGAGGCCACAAUGGGAGCCUCUGUUGUGCUUGGUGCUGUCACUACUGGAGUGUUAGCAGGCAUCCUUCCUCCAUGGAUCUGCAUCGCCACCCAAGGCAUUCUGGUCCUUGUAGUCUACUCAUACUCCAAUAUCAACGACAUGACCACAGCUCUGUUGAUCAUCUUCACCACACUCUACCUCAGUGUCCUGUACGGAAGAAUGGGAGUCAUGGUUGGACUCUUCAUCAUGGGAUUGACCAUCUCCGUGCUUUGUGCCCUUCGAAAGGCUCUGACGGAGAGAAUGACCCAAAAACCAAAAUCUAAAAGCAGGUGCAAACUCCUGGAGAGGAUAUUCUUCUAUUCUGUUUUUGUGGGUAUACUGGGAUUUUCGGUUGGUUUAGGGGCAGGUGGAGCAGGAGAAGGGUCUGAAGCGGAGGUGGUUUUGAUGCUGCAGUCGGUCCUCUGGGUUGCGUAUCUGUCUGCAGGCCUGCUCGGAGCUGGUCUGGGAACAGUGGCCACGGCUGGGCUGGGGCCAGAGGUGGCUGGAAAGGUCGCUUUGGGAGCUGCCAUAAUAUCAUCUGUUUCUCUUAGAGCCAUACUGCAUUUAAGUUCUUCUCUAGGGUCCCGGAGCAGCAUGGGGGGAACAUUAGGAGCGGCUACAGCUGCAGGGGUGUCGCUUGGAGCUGCAAGCGUUGCAGCAAAACACGCAUUUGGGUCUAGAAACACAACGUUAGCAGCUCUAGGGUCAGUCGUUGUUGGUGCACUUCUAUCAACGCUCAGCCUAGCAGUGAAUUCGACACCCCUAACAAUAUCAGAACUUUUACAAAUCACCCUAGUUGCAGUAGGGGCGUUUGUCCUGGGUGCACCAAAGAGCCCGUUCAACACUCAGGUGAAUCUACAAAGAGGCCUUCUCACGGGGCCAGAGCUAAUUAAAGGAAUCGGCAUGGAGACGGUCACCGCAGCAGCAGCACCUAUCGGAGCCGGGGCACUGGGGGCUGCAGCGCUGGCUACCGCAGCUCUAGGGAGGCUGGGGACUCUGGGAGUUUCUGUGGCUAUACUAUUGGCUUUGGGAAGUGCCCUCAGUGGCAUGAUAGGCAAAUCACCGCAGACAACCAACACACACACAGACUGAUAGAAGCGCUCAGAUCUGUGGCCAAACACUAAGAGUGCAUGUGUGUGCAUAUGCAUGUUCUUGCAUUAUUGCAUAUUCAAACUGACGUAAAAUAUGAAUACCAAAUUAAAUGUGAGCUUAUUUGAAUCAAAUACUCUUUUAAAUGAAAAGCAAAUUCGCAUACCUGACAAUUGUGUCAUAAAGAUGUAUAAUUGAGUGUUAAAAAAAAAAUAAGAAUACAUUUUAUCCAAGCAUGUGUUUGUGUAUUUAUUUGAAUAUAGAAAUCUUGGAAGAUUGUGUCUACACUUGAGUGUUAAUGAAAAUGUACAGAAAAUGUAGAUUUCAAAAUACUUAUUUGAGGUAGAUAUAUGGUAUGAGGUGUGUUGGCAUACAGAACUUUUAAUUUCAAUUUAAUUUUCUUUUCAUGGAAUGUACCUAUUGGAAUGCUAAAUAACAUUUUCGUAUUCUUUCUUUUGAACAUAAUACCGUAAAAAGUAAAUUGUCAGAGAAAAAACAAGUGUAUUUGUUGGUGGUACUUAGAAAAUUCAUUUUUUCAAAGAGUGGAUGUAAUAAUCCUUCUUCCUUACUUCUUCACACCAGCUUUGCCACACUUCCCAAGACAUGAUUGCAAUCUGGUAGUCACUUUGGCUUCAUCUUAGCAACAGUAACAGAGGACUUGGUGUUUAGAAAAAGGAGGGGGAGGGUGGGAGGAGAGAGAAACGAAGAAUAACAUCAGAAUACUGAAGAGCAUCUUGAAGUACAGUCUGUUGUGCAGAUCGUACCGGAGUUAGGAGAAAUAUGGAUCCGUACAUCAGAAUAAGAUGCCCUUUUGCCUAUAUAUACUUAUAAUGCCCUCUCUGAAAAGAUUAUAUGUUGCUGGCAAAUGGAUAUCCACCUGUGGCUCAGGGUUUUGUUGGUCUACCAUGGCAGCACACAGGACUCCGGCAGCAAGGAAGAAGAAGUGUUUCCACUGAAGCAGCCUGGGGAGGAGCAGCAUCUUCAUAACUGUAAUGUAAAGUACUUUAAAGGAAGUUAUUGACACCAUAUAAUUAAGAAGGUGAGCACGUUUUGAUGCCUAAAACUCCCUGGGAUGUUAUGAUUGUUAGCACUAAAAUGCUUUUCAUUACCAUGGAUUAAUUUUUGCAUAAAAAAAGUUGUGUUACUUUUCCAUGGAUUUUGGCAUUGAUCAACAGUAUUACUUGAGGAACCAUCAGGAUAGUCUUUACUAAACCAACAUGUCUUUGAACCGGAUCCCCACGACAGACACAGAGCAGUCUGCAGAGUAUUCGUUGCAGGGUCCCAGUGACACGGGUCACGGUGGGUCUCAGACCCGUGAAGUGACCGUGCUCCAGUCGAGAUGCUGCCGCUGCCUGCCGCGCGCGGCGCGCCUUGCGUUUGCUCCAGAGUCACUGGAGAGAAUUUACCAGAACUACUUCCGCAGACAGAGACAAGAAAACCUGCUCGUGCUGGCGUUGUUUGCCGCUCUUUUCAACAGCUUCAUCAUCAUCAUGUGCGCGGUGGUGUACACUCAGGACAAACUGGCCAUGGUGGUGGUCGCCGCGGUGGGGCUGUCUGCGGACGCGGGGCUGUACGCGCUGUGCCGGCUGCAGAAGCUUCCCGCGUCACCGGUGGCGCGCGGAGCAGUGCCGUACAUUCUGUGGCUGAUGAUAAACGUGCACGUUUUGUGUUACAUGUGUCUGAACUAUGAGCGUUUCCCCCAAGGAAGUGACUCUGUGGGCUGGCAUGCCUUUUUCACUUUCUCCAGCUUUCUGACCCUUCCGCUGGACCUGGGGCCGCUGCUCCGUCUCACGGCCCUCUCCUCUGUGAUACACACCCUGGUGCUGGGGGUGACUGUGGCUCAGAAGUCCGAGGAUGACCUGCAGGGGCCCAUGCUGGUUAGACAGCUCCUAGCCAACAUGAUGCUGUACCUGUGCUCAGCCACGGUGGGUGUGUUGUCGUACUACAUGGCGGACAGGAAGUACAGGACAGCAUUUUUGGAGGCCCGUCAGUCACUACAGGUCAAAGUCACACUGGAGGAGGAGAGCACCCAGCAGGAGGAACUAUUACUGUCCAUCCUGCCCAAACACAUUGCAGACGAGAUGCUGCAGGGCAUGAAGAACCAGGCCAGUGAGCUCGGGGGCCAGCAGCAGCAGCAAUUCAACACCAUGUACAUGUACCGCCAUGAAAACGUCAGUAUCCUGUUUGCUGACAUAGUUGGCUUCACCCAGCUGUCCUCCACCUGCAGCGCCCAGGAGCUCGUGAAGCUGCUCAAUGAACUGUUCGCCCUCUUCGACCAACUGGCAGAAGACCAUCACCAACUGAGGAUUAAGAUCCUUGGAGACUGUUACUAUUGCAUCUGUGGUCUUCCUGAUUUCAGAGAGGACCACGCUGCCUGCUCCAUAAAUAUGGGCCUCGCCAUGGUGGACGCAAUAUCGUACGUACGAGAGAAGACUAAAACUGAAGUGGACAUGCGUGUGGGCGUCCACACAGGCACCGUGCUGGGGGGGGUGCUGGGGCAGAAGAAGUGGCAGUUUGACGUUUGGUCCACAGACGUAACUGUAGCCAAUAAGAUGGAAUCUGGGGGGAUUCCUGGGAGAGUGCACAUUUCCCAGACAACCAAGGACUGUCUGCUCGGAGGUUUUGACCUGGAGCCGGGGGAGGGCGGGGAGAGGUGCGAGUACCUGAUGGAGAAAGGCAUCGAAACUUACCUGGUGCUGGUGCCUACACAGGCGGCCAAUGGGCUCAAUGCAAAUAAACCUGGGAUGUUGUCCAACACAAAUUCAAACCAGUUGAUCAACACUACAGUAACCAAUGGGAAUGCCACCUCACCCCAAUUAACGGCCGCUGACUCUAUACAGGAGAAGAAUAAGAUGGCCGAAGAACAAGAGAUCAACAAACGACUACAGCAGGAGCUGCUGGAGAGAGAAACCCAGCAAAUAAUGAAGGAUCACAAUAUCAACCCUGUGUUGUUGCGUUUCGUGGAUGGAAAGUUGGAGGAGCAGUACUCCUCAGAGAAGGAAAAGCGGAGCGGGGCGGCCUUCUGCUGCUGCAUCAUUGUGCUCUUCUUCAUCACAGCAAUGGAGGUGUUCAUAGACCCACUGUUGGCUGUGAACUAUGUGACUCUCACGAUAGGAGAGGUAUUGUUGCUCAUCCUCACAGUUUGCUCCCUGGCUGCCAUCUUCCCCAGGAUGUUCUCCAAGAGGUUGGUGUCUUUCUCGGUGUGGAUCGAUCGCACACGCUGGGCCAGAAACACCUGGGCCAUGGCGGCCAUUUUUGUUCUUACCAUGGCUGUGAUUGCUGACAUGCUGAGCUGUGUACCUCCGUCCCUUCAAAUCUUCAACAGCACUUCGGGCCCCGUGUUGGAGUCACUUGGGGGCAGAGGCUGUGCACAGAACCCAAAGCACUACAGCUUCAUGGCUGUGAUGUCACUCAUCGCCACCACCAUGCUGGUUCAGGUCAGCCACCUGAUUAAACUGGGUCUCAUGGUGCUGGUCGUCACAGCAACAGGAGCCGUUAAUAUCUACAGCUGGAGGGACAUUUUCGACCUGUAUGACUAUAUACAGUUUGCCUCGUACAGAACAUCCAUAGUGCCAUCCAAGUACCUCAUGACCAUGAUGAUCAUUGUGAUGAUGAUUGGCUUCUACUUCUUUGCCCGGCAUUUGGAGUAUCAGUCCAGGAAGCUGUUUCUGUGGAAGGUUGGCGUGCAUGACCAGAAGGAGAGGGUGUUUGAGAUGAGACGCUGGAACGAAGCGCUGGUCACCAACAUGCUGCCGGAGCAUGUGGCCAAACACUUCCUGGGCACUAAGAAAAGAGACGAGGAACUGUACAGCCAGUCCUACAAUGAAGUAGGUGUGAUGUUCGCUUCCAUCCCCAACUUUUCUGAUUUCUACACUGAAGAGGGCAUCAACAACGGCGGCAUCGAGUGUCUAAGGAUUCUCAAUGAAAUAAUCUCAGACUUUGAUAGUUUACUGGAUAGAGAAGAGUUCCGCUUCAUCACUAAAAUCAAGACAAUAGGAAGCACCUACAUGGCAGCAUCAGGACUCACUCCAGAGAGCAACACCAACGACUACAGCAAGCGCAAGCCAGAGGAUCAGUCUCUGGUCGAGCGCUGGCAGCACCUUGCUGACCUGGCAGACUUCGCCUUGGCCAUGAAAGUCACCCUUACCAACCUCAAUAAACAGUCCUUCAACAACUUCAUGCUCCGAAUAGGUCUGAAUAAGGGGGGAGUGUUGGCGGGAGUGAUAGGAGCUCGUAAACCUCACUAUGACAUCUGGGGCAACACGGUCAAUGUGGCCAGCAGAAUGGAAUCUACUGGAGUGAUGGGAAACAUCCAGGUGGUAGAGGACUGCUACGACAUCCUUAAGAACUACAGCUUCCGUUUUAUCCGAAGAGGGCCUAUAUUUGUCAAAGGGAAAGGGGAGCUGCUCACCUUCUUCAUGAAAGGAAGAGACAACCCUAGUAAAAAUGGCGGUCCAAUGACCACUACCUUACCACACCAAGUUGGGGACCAUUGAAAAUUGUCCACUGUGUGAAAAGCUGUUAGGGAUAAGCCUGAGCAGAAGGUGACUUACAUAGAUAUUUUUCAUAAGCUCUGUAGCAAUGUAAAGCAUAUGAAAGUAGACCAACACAACACAUAAUAUGCUAUACAACUCACGAUAAAACUGAUUCUGUAUAAUUGUACAUAAUUGAGGAAUUUAGUUGCAAUUCUUACAGAAUGAAAAUUGUUAUCCUUUUGUACUUGAAUCAUGGACUGCUAUGAGAAUUACAAGCUAGGAACAGACAUAUAAAUUACUCUCCUUUGUUGUUUGCCUUGAGCUCAGGUUUUGUAAAAAUAUUGUAGCUUGAUAACACUGUAUUUAUACUGUCAAUAAAUAUGUUUGCACUACA